GCGGUAUUAAGAAUUCGCCUUGGCGGCGUUUGUGAAUUUAUUGUCUGCCAAGUAGUAGAAAAGUUUAUGUUUAUUCAUAACGCGUGUUAAUUUUCAAAAAAAGUAUAAGUUCUUACUUAAAGAAAAUGGCACAACGUAAUGAUGAUAGAGUGCCGGCAGAAGAGAGUGAUCUUCUUCAAAUCAAGCCACUGGGAGCCGGUCAGGAAGUUGGGAGAUCUUGUAUAAUGCUUGAUUUUAAAGGCAAAAAGAUUAUGCUUGACUGUGGUAUUCACCCCGGUUUAUCUGGUAUGGAUGCCCUACCGUACGUAGACUUAAUAGAAGCUGACGAAGUUGAUCUGCUCUUUAUAUCACAUUUUCACUUGGAUCACUGUGGAGCUCUACCAUGGUUUCUCAUGAAGACCAGUUUUCGUGGGCGCUGCUUUAUGACACAUGCCACAAAAGCAAUCUAUCGUUGGAUGUUAUCGGAUUACAUAAAGAUUAGUAACAUCUCAACCGAACAAAUGCUCUACACAGAAGCCGACUUGGAAGCGUCUAUGGAAAAAAUAGAAACUAUAAAUUUUCACGAAGAACGAGAUGUUAUGGGCGUACGUUUUUGUGCAUACAAUGCUGGACAUGUGCUAGGCGCAGCUAUGUUUUUAAUUGAAAUUGCGGGAGUUAAAAUCCUCUACACUGGCGACUUUUCUCGGCAAGAAGAUAGACAUUUGAUGGCUGCGGAAAUACCACCCAUUAAACCAGAUGUGCUCAUUACUGAGUCCACCUACGGUACUCAUAUACAUGAAAAGCGUGAAGAUCGCGAAAACCGAUUCACCUCAUUGGUACAAAAGAUUGUGCAACAGGGUGGGCGCUGUUUGAUACCUGUGUUCGCCCUAGGUCGUGCUCAGGAGUUGCUGCUCAUAUUGGAUGAAUAUUGGUCACAAAAUCCUGAGCUGCACGAAAUACCCAUUUACUAUGCAUCAUCGCUGGCCAAGAAGUGUAUGGCCGUUUACCAAACAUACAUUAACGCAAUGAAUGACAAAAUUCGACGUCAAAUAGCUGUGAAUAAUCCGUUUGUAUUUCGACACAUUUCCAACUUAAAAGGAAUCGAUCAUUUUGACGACAUUGGACCGUGCGUUGUAAUGGCUUCGCCUGGUAUGAUGCAAAGCGGUUUGUCACGAGAACUAUUUGAAAAUUGGUGCACAGAUCCCAAAAAUGGAGUCAUUAUUGCUGGCUAUUGUGUGGAAGGAACUUUGGCAAAAUCCAUACUUUCGGAACCAGAGGAAAUAACGACAUUAGCUGGUCAAAAGCUGCCUUUGAAUAUGUCGGUCGACUAUAUUUCCUUCUCUGCGCAUACCGACUACCAACAAACAAGUGAAUUCAUUCGACUCCUCAAGCCUCAACAUGUGGUUUUGGUUCAUGGUGAACAAAACGAAAUGUCCCGCCUGAAAAUGGCGCUACAGCGCGAGUACGAGGCAGACACUUCUACAAAUAUCAAAUUCUACAACCCGCGUAACACACAUUCGGUGGAGUUAUACUUCCGUGGCGAAAAAACAGCCAAAGUGAUGGGUAAUUUGGCGGCUACUAAACCGGAGGUUGGCAAAAAACUAUCGGGAGUGCUGGUAAAACGCGACUUCAAGUACCAUCUCCUGGCAGCCUCAGAUCUAUCAAAGUAUACGGAUAUGAGCAUGUCCGUUGUAACACAAAGACAGUCCAUACCAUGGAAUAGCCCGCUAGCCACUUUAAAGUUGUUAUUAGACAGAAUUGGUGGGGUAGGCACAACCGAAAUGCUCGAGGAGGAAAAGCGUUUACGCGCAUUCAAGUGCAUCGACUUAAUGGUGGAGGGAAAAAUCAUUGUCAUGGAAUGGCAGGCAACACCCGUGAAUGAUAUGUUUGCCGACUCGGUACUCGCAUGUGUUAUGCAAACUGAAAUGGGUGGUACCAACAUAAAAGGUGCUACUGCGCCAUCUAAAUCAGAUCGCACACAUUUCAGAGAAUGUUUGGUGGAAACUCUACAGGACACAUUUGGCGAACACUCAGUACCAAAAAUGUUUAAAGGUGAUGUUUUGCCGGUAACAGUAGCGGGAAAGCGUGCGGAAGUAAAUUUGGAAACAUUGCAAGUGCAUUGUUCAGAUGAUGAAAGCUUGCGGCAAAUCGUUAAUACGGCGGUACAAAAAUUGCACCAAGCUUUGGUUGCUAUCCCUUGAACUAUCAUUAUAAUAAAUUUUAAAUUAUACAAAACUA